CAGUUUCAUCUCCGGCUGGUAAACAAGACCAGGCAGUCAGUCAGCAUGGAGACCUCCGUGAGGAAAGCAGCCCACGACAUAGAGACGCGAAAGCGGACGGAUGAUGUGCUGCUGUCGGAGGGGAUCGACUUCAGGUCUCUGUUGUUAUCUGAGGCCGUGCUGGACGGACUGUCCUCAUCCGGCUUCCAGAAACCCUCCCCGAUCCAACUGAAGGCCAUCCCGCUGGGCCGCUGCGGACUCGAUUUGAUUGUACAGGCCAAGUCUGGCACGGGGAAGACGUGCGUGUUCUGCACCAUCGCCCUGGACUCGCUGGUCCUGGAGAAUGCUGCAACUCAGGUUCUCGUCCUUGCUCCGACCCGUGAGAUAGCGGUGCAGAUCCACUCUGUAGUGAUGGCCAUAGGCUGCGCCAUGGAGGGCCUCGAGUGCCAUGUGUUCAUCGGGGGCCGGCCUGUGAGUCAGGACAAAACCCAUCUGAAGAAGUGCCACGUAGCGGUGGGCUCACCCGGUCGUAUCAAGCAGCUUAUCGAGCUGGGCAUGUUAUCCACCGCCAGCAUCAGACUGUUUGUUCUGGAUGAGGCAGACAAGCUGCUGGAGGAGGGCAGCUUCCAGGAACAGAUAAACUGGAUCUUUUCCUCUCUGCCCGUCAACAAACAGAUGCUCGCGCUCUCUGCCACCUACCCAGAAUCCCUUGCUCAGCACCUUACCCGCUACAUGAGAGAGCCCACUUUUGUCAGACUCAAUCCCAAGGACAUGGGCCUCAAAGGUCUGAAGCAGUAUUACAAGCUGGUGCAGUCCCAUCCGCUACCUCACAAGAUUUUCGAGGAGAAGGUGCAGCACCUGUUGGAGCUUUUCAGUAAGAUCCCAUUCAACCAGGCUCUGGUGUUCUCCAACCUACACACAAGGGCUCAGCACCUGGCAGACAUCCUGUCCUCCAAAGGUUUACCUGCUGUUUGUAUCUCAGGUGGUCUGACUCAGGACCAGAGACUGGAGGCCAUGUCCAAAUUGAAACAGUACCAGUGCAGGGUGCUCAUCUCCACUGACCUGACAUCCAGAGGUAUAGAUGCAGAGAAAGUGAACUUGGUGAUAAACCUGGACGUGCCGAAAGACUGGGAGACCUAUAUGCACCGAAUUGGACGGGCUGGCCGCUUCGGCACUCAGGGGUUGGCUGUUACCUACUGUUGCCAUGGCGAGGAGGAGAACAAGAUGAUGGCCAUCGCUCAAAAGUGCGGCCUGAGUUUGUCUGCGUUGCCAUCCACCAUAGAGUCCGGGUUGAUGGACGAGCCAUGUGACUGGGAUGUCUGCGCUGAGGCCUCCACUCCAGGACCCUUACCACAGCUCUCCUCCCGGACAGAGAAGAAGAAGAAGCCUGCCAAGCCGAUCGCGGAUCAAGCUCCGGAGCACAGCGAAGAGAGGAAGCCAGAGAAGAUCCGUCCAACACCCAGGCUGGGAGCACGCGAAGAAGGGAAUCCUAGAAACGUAUAUCCUGCAAAGGAGCAUCUUCCUCGGGCGGCGCCCACUCGGAAAGAGAUGCAAGACGCUCUGCCAAAGAUCCCUCCUCUCAGCUCGUUCAAGAGUUGUGGGUCAAAGUUUAUGACCUUUGAGGAGGCUGAGCAGGACUUCCACAGCUUCAUUACCACCGGGUUGGGAAGGUCAGUGGAGGUCAUCAGGGAGUUUGGAGGUCGAGAGGACGAGGAUCCAAACGGGCACAGAGAGUCGUUCAUACUUAAUGACGACGGUGCUCAAAGUUUAAAACAAAAGAGACGACGAUGGAAAUCUGACUUUUCACCUCCAAGGUCAGUUUCUGGUCCCUCAAACUCGCACGAGGAUGACGAGGCAAAUCAGACCAGAGGAGUCGAACACAGAGCGAUCACUAAGCCUCAGCCUGAAGCCAGACAAACACCCGCUGUGUCCAAACCAAAGGCAGGGACCACUAUAUCCAAAGCUUCUGCACCUGAAAUGUAUCACCAGACGGCCUGCGCAUCAAGCGGGAGAGCUCUGUCUCAGCCCGAGAACUACGACUCCGCACCGAUCCUUGAAUCGAGCGGGCAUCCCAGUCAGACGGCUCCGGCAGAAACGGGCAGAAGUGGAUCCAGAAAGAUUAAAGAAAAGACUGGGAAACGGUUUUCAGAGAAGAUGAACAGAGAGCAAAAGAGGGAAAGGGAUGAAGAAGAAGAACAUGAUGAUGAUAGUGAAGAAGAGGAGGAGUGGAGUGCUUACUGGAGAGCCAGCUACAGAGCCUGGAAGGAUUACUACGCCUCCAUGCCUCCUUCUCCAGAGCAAGGUUACCACAGCUACUACAGUGUAGCCCACAACUGGAUGGCAGCGUAUCGUAUGAACGCUGUCUACAUGGAAGAACUCUUGAAACACUGACCUAUUAUCUAGAUACUGUUGAUCAGGACAUCCAGUUUUCUAGUUAGAAUAUGUGUCUGAAUGUCCCCUGCAAAAAGUGAAUUGCACUUCUGGUCUCACACAUUGCACUUAAUUUCUUUGAGUGUGUAUUUUUUUCAGUGAAUUCAUUCCAGUUACUUUUCUAUUAAAUAACUAAUAUGGAACAUCAAA